ACCAGAGCGUUUCCUUCCAGGGGUUAGUGACAUCCUCCCGCCCACUGGACCCCGUUGGCAAAAUACCUCAAGCCUUGUUCUGACUGCAGGAGUGGGCGAAGUGGAGGGCUCGGCGUUCAUCCUAUCAUGCCUGCCGUGCGCGGAGCUAGUGGACCUCGGCCUGGACUGUCGAGGCGCAGAGCGGGAGCCGAGCAGAGGCGGAGGAGAUGGCGUCCCAGCCGCCGCCUCCCCCGAAACCGUGGGAGACCCGCCGAAUUCCCGGGGCCGGGCCGGGGUCAGGACCCGGCUCCACUUUCCAAUCUGCUGAUUUGGGUCCUACUUUAUUGACAAGACCUGGACAACCGACACUUACCAGAGUGCCUCCACCGAUUCUUCCAAGGCCAUCACAGCAGACAGGAAGCAGCAAUGUGAACACUUUCAGACCUGCCUAUAAUUCAUUUUCUUCUGGAUAUAGUGCCUAUGGAAAUACAUUUUAUGGAAGCUAUAACCCUUAUAGUUAUGGAUAUAAUGGGUUGGGAUAUAACCGCUUCCGUGUAGAUGAUCUUCCACCCAGUAGAUUUGUUCAGCAAGCUGAAGAAAGUAGCAGAGGUGCAUUUCAGUCCAUUGAAAGUAUUGUACAUGCAUUUGCCUCUGUCAGUAUGAUGAUGGAUGCUACCUUUUCAGCUGUCUAUAACAGUUUCAGGGCUGUAUUGGAUGUAGCAAAUCACUUUUCCCGAUUAAAAAUACACUUCACAAAGGUUUUUUCAGCUUUUGCAUUAGUGAGGACUAUAAGGUAUCUUUACAGACGGUUACAGUGGAUGAUAGGCUUAAGAAGAGGCUCAGAGAAUGAGGACCUUUGGGCAGAGAGUGAAGGAACUGUAGCUUGUCUUGGUGCUGAGGACGGAGCAGCCAACUCAGCAAAAUCUUGGCCAAUAUUCUUGUUCUUUGCUGUUAUCCUUGGUGGUCCUUACCUCAUCUGGAAACUGCUGUCUACCCACAGUGAUGAAGUAGCAGACAAUACCAACUGGGCAAGUGGUGAGGAUGACCAUGUAGUUGCUAGAGCAGAAUAUGAUUUUGCUGCUGUAUCUGAAGAAGAAAUUUCUUUCCGUGCUGGUGAUAUGCUAAACUUAGCUCUUAAAGAACAACAACCCAAAGUGCGUGGUUGGCUUCUGGCUAGUCUUGAUGGUCAAACAACAGGACUUGUACCUGCUAACUACGUCAAAAUUCUUGGUAAAAGAAGAGGUAGGAAAACAAUGGAAUCCAGUAAAAUUUCCAAGCAGCAACAAUCUUACACCAACACAACACUAAUUAAAGGAGCCACUGCUGCUGAUUCUUUGGAUGAACAGGAAGCUGCCUUUGAAUCUGUUUUUGUUGAAACUAAUAAAGUUCCAGUUGCAUCUGAUUCCACUGGGAAAAAUGGAGAUAAACAAGAUCUUUGAUAUCUUUCAUGUCUGCCUGCAUUUGAACUGUACUUUAGAGUUCUUUUUAAAAUUAUUUCUUAGAAAGAAAGUAACCUACAAUCCAAUGAAAACAUUUGUUAUUGGCUAUUCCAGGUGUUUUGCUGCUAGAAAUUAUUAAAGUUGCACACUAGUAUCUUGGUCUAGUGACCUGUUUGCAUUUUACAAGUUAUUGGACCAUGAGGAUGUUUGUUUUGCCUGGAUUGUAAGAUUAUGGGGACUGCUCUCACUUUCAUCUUAUUUAAAACCCUAGUUUUAUUGAAAGGGUAAGAUUGAUGAACUAUAGAAUAUACAGUUUGCUCUAGUAGGGAUCAUUAAUGCUUUUAAGAGUUAUGGAUUAAUUGACUUCAAAUCCUCAGAAAAUGCAUGAAAAUAUAUAAAUAUGAAAACCAACCAAAAACGCUAAUUUUUUUUUUUACAAUCUUAAGUAAACUGAAUAAUAAAAAUUUUCUGAUCUGAAUUACAUCCCAGUGUUGGGUUUGCUUUUAGAAGCAUUGUGAAAGAGAUGGUUCUACAGCGAUCAAGUAUUUAGUUCUAAUAGUUUUCUUUGCUAGUAAAAAGGCUGAAAUUGAUAUUUUCUUACAGAUUGCUACCAUUUCCUCUGAGGAUCAUGCUACUUUUUAAUCCCUUUAUAAUAUGUCUAGUUCGCAUCCUGGAUAGAAUCAAAAUAUACAAAAGGUCUACUUUUGUUUGCUCCAACCAAAACUUAAAUUCUUUGAGGCUGCACUUGAUUUAAUGAUUUCUCAGUAAAGAUUUUAAAACUUUUCAUAGAAUCUCUGCUUCUGCCUUAGUGUAAUUCCUUUUUAAAAUUCCAUAUUUAGGUUCUUAAACACUGAAAUAUGUCAUAUUGGAUACAUAUUUCUUUUAGGUUUAGUUUUUACUACUGAGACUAUAAAUAAAAUGUUCAGUUGCCAUCUAGAUUACAGUAAUGCUCUUUGACUUGUUUUUUAUUUAAUAAUGAUUUUAAAUGCAGUUAGGUUUUAGUAGACAGUAUAUUUCUCCACAAAAUUAGAAAAUUCCUAUACUUGCUAUGAUUGUGUUACAGAAUAAUAGUAUCAGGAAUACAAGUGUAUAAGAAAACAUUUACAGAUAAUGUUGAGAACUUUGAAUUUGAUGAAGAUUUGACUGAGUAUAAUACCAGGUAAUUGCUUAGUCAUCAAGUUGAGAAGAUAGUUUCUUGUGUAAUACUUGUGGUCUAUAAUUAGAGGUUCUGAUUGAUUUGUUAGAGAAUAAUUUAUGGAAAUUUUGUUCUUGAAACAAAUUUUUGGUAAAGCAAAUUAUUGAGUUUGGUGUUGAGGCGUCUAAACUGAAUACUAGAAGUAAAGUAGAGUGAAAUACUGAUUCAGCACUAUUUAGUUAGAAAAGGUGAGUCAAUACGAUAGAAUUUAUGACUCCUAUUAGGAUGCAUAGGGAGAAGAAUAACACACAGAAUGUAUCACAAAAACAAUUUCACUUUUCUUUAGGGUGUUUAUAUUUUGGUUAAGUGUGCUAAAUUGCAAUGUACAUUAUCUGACUGGUAACUAUUUGUGUCUCAGAAUCCCUUUUCUAUUAAACUUCCAGAAAAGGAAUUUAGGACUUGAAUAAGCAGAGAAAUUUUGUGACCUUUUUUUAUCAUGACAGUUUUAGUAUUUUUUUUUUUUAGAGGAGAUUUAAAUGUAAUGUUCAGGACUCCAGUAUUGUCAUUUUAGGAGUUUAUUUAGGGAAUGCGACUUUACAGAAAUUACUAACUGAAACUAAAACAUUUUCAAUUAAAAAAUAAAUCAUAAGUUACAGUAAGAAAACAGGUUUCAUUUUCUUAAUUUUUCUGAUUUUUUUUAUCAGUUUAGAAAGAAGAAAAGGACUAUAAAUUUUCAUGUUUUAACUUUUUAUUUAGGUACUUGAUUUAGUCUAUGAGUGUGUCACUAUUAUGCAGUUUCUUGAAUACAACUGUCCUUUAUCUUGUGCUUUCUAUUUUGGAAAAAGGAACAGAAACUGAAUGCAGUUAAAAUUUAUUUUUACUAGAUUGUAAAGUUACCUUUAGUUACUUUUUCUGGACAAAUAAAAAUAUAUAAAACUUCAUUGACAUUUUCAGAAGAUAAACUUAACUCUUUUGCAGGAUUGGAAUUAAUAUUUUCAAGUCUCCAUAUUUUUCUUUAUAUUGCAUAUAUUAACUACUUCAAACCAAUGUGAUUUAAAGACAAAUAUUUCUUAGUGAUUUAAAGGCAAAUACUAGAUUUACAUUUAUAUGAAAAUUACCUAGAAAGUGAGUUAAAUAAAAGUAAGACCUCAAAUCUAGGUUUUGGGAGAACUAGAUUCUAGUCUGGACACCAGCACUUACCAAAUGAUUUAAGUCCCAUUAUUUAUUUUUCAGUUUCUCAUUGAUAAUGUUGAGGAUAGCUGCUACAUCUGUCUUACGUGGGAGUUCUUUUAAAAAAUAAAAAGCACAACCAAAAGUAAGAUGUUGUGGUAGUUACCUGUUCUGUAAAAUUUUCCAUGUAUACUUAAACGUCUUUCAUCCUAUAAAAAUGUUGCAAAAUAUAUCAAUAUAGAAUUUCAGAUUCACACGUAUUUCAUUAAAAAUUAGAAUUUGUUCACUUGUUCUAACUUUGCCCAAAAUGCAAUUUAAAAUUAUUUUGCUGAAUACCGAAACAACUUAACUUAGAAAAACACAAUGGGAAUUUUUUAUUUACUUAUAUCAUUUGGAUAGAUGAACUGUUCUUGUAAGGUCACUUAGCUCGGUGAAUCCAAUGUGAGGUGGGGGGUGGGGUGCUUACUAUAUUAUGCCCCAUGAAUAGCUGUUAUCAUUUCGGGAAACAAUGUUCAACUUAAGUAAUUUAACUUUAAGUCCUAACAGUAUUUCUGAUCAUGUAAAAAAAAAGUGUUUGCUUUGUUUUUUAAGGACCACAGGUGUUCAGAAUUGAGUAUUGAUCGUACUCUUCGUUAAUGGCACCUAUAUCGUCGGUCCAGAAAUGCUACAAUUUUGUUUUGUUUUACCUUAGUGGUUUUUUUUUUCUCAUCUCCUGCCUCCAUUCUCCUCAUUCCCUACGGUAUUUAAUAUUUGUCCUUCUAAGCCAUCUUCCAUGUUUUUGAUAUAUUUCCUUGAAAAAUAUGUAUUUAUUUUGUAAAAGUUUAAAAAAUUUAUAUAAAUGAUAUUAUAACUCUCAUUCUGCUUCUAACUUUCAUAAAAUACUAGAUUUUCAAGACCUGUUCAUGUUAGUUUAUGUAACAUGCUUCUAAUUGGUGCAUAUUAUUGCGUUGCAUAUACAUACCAUAGCUGAUCUUUUCCUCUAGUCAUAGAUGCUCAGGUUUUUCCCAGCUGUUCUCACUUCUACAGACUUGUCUUCCUAUGAGCCUGUCCUGUAGUUCCUUUGGACAAGAAUGGCUAGAGUGUGAGAUAUAUGCAUAUUUAAUUUCUUUAAGUACUGCUAGAUUGUUAUCAGGAAUGAUUGUACCAGUUUACAUUUCCAUCAGCAAAAAAAGCGGGUUUUAUUUCUCUACAUAUUCAGUGGCUCUUGAUGUUUUCUUAUUUUUGCUGAUCUGAUGUAUGUAAAUUUUUAUUUUAUCUUAAUUUGUAUUAUCUGAUUACUGAGAGUUAAGCAAAGGCUUAUUAGUCAUUCUGAUUUUCCAUUCUGUGGAUUGCCUAAACUUAACAAUUUGCCCAUUUUUCCAUUGGGUUUUUCUCUUUCUUGCUGAUUAUAGUACAAGAAUAUUUUAUAUAUUCUAGAUAUUUAUUAUUCCCUUGUCAGAUACAGAUGUUGGAAAUACCUUUAGUUUUGUCAUUUGUUGGUUGUCCUUGGUGUCUGUCAUGAAAUAGAAGAAAUCUUUGAGUUUUCCUCAGUUAUUUAUGUUGUUUAGGUCGUCUUCUAUCAGUUUUAUAGUUUUACCAUUUACAUUUAGGUCUUUAAUUUAAUAGUGAUUAAUUUUUGGGGGGAUAGUAUGGGGUAUGAAUCCACUUUGUUUUCUCCAUCUCAUCAGUAGGCGAUAAGGAUUAACACAUCCCCUUCCCUCUUAACGGGAAAAUGAUCCUGGACCUUCUAAUACUGUUUCCUUGGAAAUCUGGUUUAAGUUAAAUCUGGGAUGUCAGUUGUUUAGCAAGCAACAUUUUUAUUAUACAGAAAGCACGGGCUUUGAGACUUCUUUGAAUAAGACAUGAUUCUUAUAAACAGCUUGUUCCCUUUUGUGGGUGUGUGUGGAAUUUACUUUCAUGGUUUUUGUUUUUUGUUUUUCUGUUUCGUUUUUUUUUUUUUUUUUACGAGAUAAUGGUCUCCUCUACGUGCUGUUUAAUUGUGGUGUAUCCUUCUGCCGAUCGAAGUAAACUUGGUACAAAGUUAUGACCUUUUAGGUCUUGCAAAUGUGAAUGUCUGCUGGUCAUGCAGAGUAGAGCUGCAGUCAGUUUUCCUAACACCAUCUACUAAAUAAUCCAUGUUUUUCCCAUUUCAUUAUAUACCAAGUUCCUGUAAACAUAAAACUUUAGGUCUCUGUUCUGUUCCAUUGAGAUAUGUUAGUGCCUGUCCCAGUACAACACUGUUUUAAUUAAUGUAACUUUGUAAUAUGUUCUAAUAUCUGAUGAUAUUAGACCUUUCUUUGCCCUCCUUUGUUAAAAUUAUCUUAGCUUUUUGUGGAUUUGUAUCUUUCUGUAUAAAUUUUAGUAUCUGUUUAUCAAGUUCCCCAAAACAAGCUGGUGAUAAUUUGAUUGGGGUUGUAUUGGUUAACACAAUUGUAUUGAUUAAUGUAUAGAUUAAUUUAGAGAGACUAAGCAUAUUUAUAAGAUUAAAUCAUCCCAUUCUUGAACAUUUCUUUCUCCAUUUAUUCAGGACAUCUUGUGUUUAUUUUUAGGCUAAUUCCUAGGUACUUUAUAGUUUUUGUUGCCACUAAAAAUGGUAUACCAUUAUUUCUGGUAUAUACUGAAAUUUAUUGAAUUUGGUAUGUCUAUCUUGCAUUUGCAGGUUUGAUGAAUGCUUACUUCUUACAUCAUUGACUCUUUUGGGUUGUAAAUAAUGAAAGUUUUAUCUCUUCCUUUUCAGACCUUAUACCUCUCAUUCCCUUUUAUUGUUUUGGCCAGGCUGCCAGUCUAUAUUUAACAGAAGCUAUGGUAGUGGCUGUUUUUAUCUUAUUUCUGCUUCAGAGUCUAUAAAAGUUUCUCUAUUAAAUGUGAUGUUUGCUCUGAGUUUUUAACUAGUUUGUAUCAAAAGAAGUUCCUUUUUGUUGCUAAUUUAAAUCUGCAUUUUUUAGAUGGUCUUUUGAUUUUUCACCUUUAGUCACAUUAAUAUGGUAAAUAACAUUGAUUUUUCUGAUGCUAACCAUUCUUGAAAUCCUACUUGAUAUUUUUUUCAAUGAAAUAAUUUAUUUUAUCAGAUAUAUACAUAUAAACGAUUAACAUAAAAACAAGGUAACAUGUAGAAACCUAGCUGUGUAAGGAAAAGGCAGUAUUGCUGCUGUUUAAUAGGGUGUCCCAGGGAAAGAUAACCUGAAAAGAGGCAUUGGGUCAUAGCCUAGAUUCAGUUUCUCUGAGAAUUUACAAGACCCUUUUCUAGGGAUGUCUUGAGCAAGGCUCUGAACAAAUCUUAGGAAACAUAGGGCUAUCCACAGUUAACGCAUUUUGAAAGGUGUGUCAGCUACUAAAACUGGUUAUCUGUCUGCAACAUAGUCAGGGGGAGUGCUCUGCUUAAGUUUUUCCAUUUUUAAGCUCACUAUGGCCAUCCUCCAGCUCUCAGGAGUAGAUCAGAGCAGAACACUGUGUGUUCUCAGAUGAUCUAAGCACAGGGCUUGAAGGAAAGGGUAAGGACUUCUUAGCACAUGAUCUAGCAAAUCAAGUACAGCUAAUAAUCAAGGCAUGCUCACCCAAUAAAGUCUCAUUUAUUGUUGUCUUA